AUUUGAGCAAAUUAAUUUUUUCGCAUUAAAGUGAGUGAAUAAAAGUAGAAAAAUUAACUUGUGAAGGUAUAAAAAUUCCUUGUAUCUUCAUAUUGUUCGGUAGUAGUGUCUAAUGGUUGCGAAAAUUUUAUUAAAAAUUGUCUAAAUAGUGAAUACUAUAGUAUUUAUAAUAAUUAAAAACAUCUUUAUAGAGUGGGAAAUAUAGAGCACAUUUAUUUGAAAGUCAAGAUAUUUAGAAAAAAAAAAAAUAAACAGGCUGUAUACAUUCUAGUUUAAUAUUUGACAGAGUCAAGACAACUACUAGAAAAAUGGUUCUCGAUUUGGUUGGAAAAAUAGCUUUGAUUACCGGUGGUGCUUCUGGGAUAGGGUUGCGGUAUGCAAAGGAAUUUCUUCGCAACGGUGUGAAAGGGGUAACAUUGGCCGAUCUAAAUCCCGACUUCGCCAAAACCGCUUUGGCGGAAAUAGAACAGGAAUUUGGUAGCAACAGGGCAGUUUUUGUAAAAACAGACGUGACUGAUAUUCAACAAUUUGAGAAUGCUUUUAAGAAAACAGUGGAAAUAUUCAAACAUGUUGACAUUUUAAUAAAUAACGCAGGAAUUUUGAACGAUAAGAUAUGGGAGAGGGAAAUUGCAAUAAAUGUUAAUGGCAUGAUAAAUGGAAUACUCUUGGGUCUGGAAAACUAUUUACCAAAAUAUAAACAAGGUCCUGAGUCUGUCAUAGUAAACAUUUCUUCUAUUCUCGGUGUUAAUGUAACCCCAUGUGUCCCUAUAUAUAGCGGGACCAAGGCUGCCGUGAUUGCAAUGACCAGAGCAUGGGGCGACCCUCACCACUACGAAAGAACUAAGGUUAGACUGCUCAGCAUUUGCCCGGGACUAACUAUAACACCAUUAAUCACUGAAAUAAGCGGAAGGAAUCUUGGAGAUGCUUAUGAAGCUUGGUUGAUGACUAAUAUGGAUUCGAUGACACCCCAAACGCCGGAAUAUGUAGCUGAGGAAGUUGUAAAACUUGUUCGUUCCUGUCCAAAUGGAACUACUUGGAUGAUCGAAGGAAGUCAACCGGCCUAUGAGUACAUUGUUCCGGAAAGGGAAACAAUGCCAAAGUAAACCGUAAAGCAUAACUAUUUUUUAUUGGGAGUUCUGUGGGGAAAAUAUUUGAAUAAAGAGGAAAUUUUUGUAAAAUUAAAAAAUAAUGACUUGUUAAUCGUAACGAAGAUUUUUAUAUACUAUCUGUAUUUAUCUUACAUAUUUUAUAAACCGCUUAUCUCUUA